UGUUAGUUUCCAUUUUUAACCAUCUGUAGCGCAUUCUCUGGCACCAGUUAUAUCUACCUCUCGACUGUGCAUGCCCUCUUCACUAAUCUCCCUCUUUCUGUCUCUCUCUCUCUCUCUCUCUCUCUCUCUCUCUCUGUGUUGGGUCUGCUUUUACAGUGACAGAUGAAAAUGAAGAUCGCUAGAGGGACAUUGGCAAUAAUCCUUCCUCUGGCAUUGGCGUUUCUUCUGUCUUUCGCUGCUUGCUCUGAGUCAAGGACGCAUGUAAAUGAGAAAAGGCUGCAAGUAGCUUUUUCAAGAUCACAUCUGAAGGGGAAAAAGCUGCAGCCCGCAAAAGCAGACGACAAGGAAGCAGUACUGUCUUCUGAUCGAACGGAAAAAGGGUCGACGACGAACACGUGGUGCAUUGCAAAGCCGUCGACAAAUAAUGAUAAACUUCUUCACAACGUGGAAUACAGCUGCGGGGAAGAUAAUGUGGACUGUCAUAGCAUUCAGCUUGGAGGAAGCUGCUUCCAUCCAAACAAUGCAGUCUCUCAUGCUUCAUUUGCUAUGAAUCUCUUCUACCAGGAUUCCGGGAAGCACCCUUGGAACUGCGACUUUAAUGGAACCGGUCUCAUAGUUUCUGACAACCCAUCUUUUGGUAAAUGUCAGUAUCCGGCUUGAUGAGAGAGCUCAAGAUAAGAAGUCAAGGAAUGAAGACACUUUGUAUCGGAAGAAUAAAUCAGAAGGUUUUCAGAGUCCUUGUUGAAAGGGAAGAGAGAGAUAACUCAAAAUUGAAUAAGAAAUAGAGGGCAGCAGUGGUUUUUAUUGAGAUAUAAUUAAGAUCCAAAUGCUGUUAGAAAUAAUAUGUUAUUCAAAACAUUCGAUCAAAUUUUUCUUGAAAGUCUCAA